UUGUGGAAAAUAAUGAGGAAUUAACCACAAUCCUUGAUGAUGUUCUAUCCAGUUGUCAAGAAAUUCCAUUCAUGACCAUUGAUAGUGAAGGGUUAACAGAAAAGAUAAAUGGAAUAUACCGCUAUAUAUUGCGUCUUUAUGAUCGCCUUAUUAAUAGCCAAAAGGCACUGGUAACUCUUAUAGGCAUUCAGGUUUUCUUUGACAUUCUCAUAUCAGACAGAAAGACUCUAGAUGAAUGUGAAGAAAAGUUGGGUUUAACGAUUCAAACUAUGAUUAGCAUUUUAUUAUGGAAAAAGCCUAUCCUUUUCAACAUACUCGAAUGGAUGUGGGAACGAAUAACAGAAAAGUUUGAAACAAGAGAUGAAAUCCUAAAGUGGAAAUAUCGUGAAAAGAUAGGAGUGAAAUCUGAAAAUGUUUUUAAGAAAAAGGAUACUGUUAAGGCUCCUGAGAAAAGGGAGAAGGAUCUAGAGGAAAAGGAAUAUUUGGGGACCAAUUAG